UGAAAGAGCUGGCGCAAUCUAUUUAAUCUCUCCUCCCAGGCCACGUCUUACUGACCUCUUCGUUUCCCUAGACAACCAUUGCGUUAUUUAUUCAAGCAAGAGUUCAUCCUUUUGACUCUUAAACGCUCGUUUCUCUGUCGGAAUCGUCUAUUUAGAUCGAUACUCCUGUCGCUACCGGUUGUUAUACAAAGCCUGAUCCAUAAUCUUUGAGCGAUCUAUAAACAUCAAUAUCCAUCAAGAUGCGCGCCGCUAUCCUCGCUGCUGCUCUCUCUUCUGUCGCCCUUGCCUGGGAUACCUCCUCCAGCGCGUCCUCGCAGGCUGUUGCCAGUGUGAGCAACCCUGCCGUGCCCUACCUGACCCAGACCAACUCUCUGGGUGUCGUGACCGGACAGCCGACUCCUAUCCGCUCCCAGAGUCCCGCUGCUUCAAUCCCGGCCGGUCUCUCGAGCGUCCCUGUGGUCCCCGGCGCCUCGAGCAUUGUCCCCAAGCCUCUGGGUACUGGUAGCUCUGGUAGCAAGAGCAACUCUACCAGAACCAGCACCACCCUGAGCACCUCUGCUGGCGUGACUCGCACCGCCAGCGGAUCGGGCAGCACCGGCACCAGCUCUGGUUCUAGCAGCUCUGCCGCUUCCACCAACGGUGCCAUCAUGGCCACUGCUGCUCCCGCCGGUCUGGGUCUGGGUCUUGCUGGUGCUGUCUUUGCUGCCUUCCUGUAAACAUGGAAUGGCUAAGAGAUAACCGACCUCUUUCAUGGACAUUUUAAACAAACACCCGCGGUCCCCUACGUCCGGGAACCUCCUAAUGAUUCAUAACGCGCGGCACUCUCUCGCCUUCGGUUUGGUCUGCCAAAUGAAUUAACGAAGGGAAUAUCUGGUAUAAUUGGGGCUUUCGAUUCUUUUUUAAUGGAGAUACCACAGGAGUUCCUUGGCCCUCCUAACGCAUCAUCUCCAUAUUAUUUUAUCAUAAAGUGCAUAAUCUUGGGCGUACAAAACACAAUUGCACACGAUUUUUAAUCAAUGUAUCUAACUACUUAUUUUUAGUUAUCUGGAGUUUGCUAGCUUACUCAGAUAAUGAUAAUCGCUAACGUCUCUUCAA